AGUUGAUGUAACAAAAUAACCCUAAUGUUCAUUGAACAUUUUAAUAUUCAUUAUUUGUUACCGCGGGAAAACUGUGAAACGUUUGACUACUAUAAUGGCCGCAAUAGCGCCAAUGCUUUUAGUGUUUGUUCUUUCCUAAUAAAAUUUUAGAAUGGAAUAAGGUUUCUGUAUGUUGUAUAUAUUAAAAAGAAACUUAUUUGAAAUGGACGCUGAGGUUUCAAGACAGUUAUCCCUGAUCGAUGUUCUCCUGAGCAACCUUGACAAAACCAUUACGCCAUGUGCCAGUAUAAAGAAUGACAAAAAAGAAGAAGAAACACAGGAUGCAAUGCCAGACUCUACAACCAACACGGAAAAAAAUAAUGGCAACCCAUUCCACUGUGGUGAUGAUGUCCUUGUGCUAAAUAAAGAUGACCGGUAUUACUUAGGUACAAUAAUAGAGCUGAGCACGAGCAAUGACAACGACUCGUGUGAGGUGGGCACUGGCGAGGCGCGCUGCCUCGUCAAGUUCGGCGACGGCACCCACGCGUGGGCGCCGGUCACCUCGCUUAAACUGCUGUCUGCGCCACCCGCGGAUGAUGGCCGCAUCAUGUGCGUCGUGUGCAAGCGUCGCGAGGACUGCGCUACAAACGCGGUGGUUGCCUGCGACAUGUGCGGCCGUGGAUACCACGCUAAAUGUCAUACGCCACCGGUUGAAGCUUGGAUACAUGGUGCAUCAUGGCAUUGCAAGAGAUGCGUGGACCAGCGGUACCGGGUGGCUGCGGCGGAGAAUCGCGCAUUGAAGAGGUCUGACCUGUUCCGGUACAAGGGCGGCCAGCAGCGGCGGCAGCACCAGGAACUCACGCCGCCAUGCGAUACUGCGUCAACGACGUCCUCAUCAACUGCUUCUGACGGAGGGAAAGAUCAAAAUGAAACGCAUUGCUACUGCGGAGAAAAAAGUGAUUGGCUUGCACAGAUGUUAUUAUGCUGUAGAUGCUCUCGAUGGUUUCACCAAAGAUGUGUUUCAAGUUUACAAUACCCACUAUAUGCUGGAGAUAAGUUGUACAUAUUCGCAUGCGGUGGCUGCAAUGGCGGCGGUGAAUACCUGCGUCGGCUGGAACUGUGCUGGUUGGAUCUGGCACACCUCGCACUCUACAAUCUCACCGCCUACAAUGCACCCAACUACUUCGAUCUUGACACCGUCAUCAUGCCAUAUAUCUUGGACAACUGGCACGCGUUACAACUACCUGAAAAGAUGUGGCGGACGCCGGUGAAUGAGCGGCGCGAGAAGAUCCUUACGGCGCUGACGUCAUCGCGCAAGCGCUUCAAGUGCGGCCGCGAGAUGAAGAAGCGCGCCACCAUCUGGGGCCUGCGCCUGCGUCGCCCGCCGCCGCCACCGCACCAGCUCGCCGCACUAGAUCAGAUUAAAAAAGGGGAGCCGCUGACGGAUGAGUUAGUGAGAGAGUACGCGCCCCGGCUGCGGUUUUUGUCGCGAGCGCCUUCACCGCAAACCGUCGAUGAUAGUUCCCAACCUUCUAGCAGUAACAAUGAUAAAAGUUCCUAUAUGAAUCACAGUCAGAACAUGAUCGUACCAGUCGAUGGUCACUGGCUGAACUUGAUGAUGGGCAAACGCUUCCACGAAAAUCUCAACUCCAACUCCAACUCGGAGAACGACUCUACAAGUUCGUACGAGUCGGUGAAGACGAGCGAGCGCGACGAACGGCCCUCGCCCACCCCGCCCGUCUGCACCUCCACCGCAAGGAAACCCGAUGCCAAAGAUACGUUAGACGACAUGCCGCAACCCAACGACACUGAGUCCAAUGAGGCCAGGCCCAGCGAGACCCCGCCGGUGCCCUCCAGCAGCGUUUCCCUCCUGCCCUGCACCGUUCAGUUAGAUAAAAUACCAAAAGAGAACGUUGAAGACGUCAGCUUUAGCAAACCGACCACAAGCACAGUCAACAUCAACACACAUUCAACUAGAAUAGCGACCAUGAACUUAGAAGUAUCCAAGUUAUCCACUAAGAACAUCAUCGAACAUUCCAAGAUACUAUCACUCCAGCACAUGGACAGUAUACCGACUUACAACAGUACCUUUAUUCACGAACUAGAGUCCUCGGGAGAUGAGACCUCGAGCCGAGGCACGUUAGACGUUAUAAUACCACCCCUCAAAGACUUCCAAGGCAAGAACAACCCGUUCCUGAUGCAGAACAAGUACACAUCAAAAAUCCCAUUCACAUCGGCUAUGAAUUUAUGGAACAAGCACAAUGGGAAGCAGCAUCACUUCCACUCGAGGUUCUCAUUGCCGGGCCAACUCAACCCCCUGAUGGGCCCCAUGAUUAGACCAAUGAAACGGAAACUCAGUGAAAAGGAUAUCGUGAUUGGUCCUAAUGGGGAAGUAAAAAGAAGAAAAUACAGGCGACCGAGAAAGUACAUGCAGAUGCAGUUGAACAAAUCGUGUCCUCUACCGGAGGAUUCGACAAAAGCGGCACCGCCACAAAAUGAGAACGGCGAGAUGGCAGCAGUGAGUCACAUAAACAACGUCAAGUUCCAUGGCAGGAGACUGCGCCAGCGGCAGGAGAAGAACUACUAUGAGAAUGCGCGGCGCAAUAAUAAUACUGCCGGCAGUAGUGUGCGCAGCUUACAGCUCAGUCCGCACAAAGCGAGCGCUGGCGAUGUUGACGCACGUCAGCUCUCCGCGCUCAAGUCGACUGUACAAUCUUACUUCCGUGCAGGACAGACCUUCCAUAUCCUGGCGCGUCGUCUCGCUCCUGACUCCCCCCCGGCGUACCUCAUCGAAUGGGACUCCAACGCUUCCUAACGGGUCUACCUAAGACCAUAAUGAAUUUAUUUAAAUGUAAACUGACAUCGACCGAUUGGAAAUUGAGUCAGUUUUUAAUUGGAUUAGAUAUGUUAAAAUUUUAACGAUAGUUAACUGCCGAGUAAUAUUUCAAUCAUUUGGAAAAUGUUAAUUUAUUUGUUCAAUAAACAAUUUAGUAAUUAGUCUGAUUAUAAAGCGACAAAGUUUACAAUCGGUAGGUGACAUAUCGAUGUAAUGUAUGUAUGAUGUAUUUAAGUGCUUGUCUGUAGUAUACUUUUAGUUGUACAGUAAGUUCAAGGAAUGUGAUAUAUUAUUAUUCCAGACUGAUUCGUUUUAUUUUAGUACAAUAUAAACCUGUUAUUGGGUGAAAUUGUUUGUUACUAGUGAAUGCGGCUUUCGCGCGUCCAUAGUCCUCGGUAACCAGCCAAAACCAUACUAUGAUUGAUCCUCGCUUAUGUAUUAGAGAGAUCAAACUAUAUAAUCAUUGAACGUAAUAUAUAUAUAUGCAAUAAGUGAAACUGGUAUUGCUGUUCGUGCGUGUUGUAAAAAAAAGUUUUUUUAUGUUUCCAUAUACUGUCAGUAGAAAAAGGAAGCCAUUUUUUUCAAUUGACUGAAAGUAAUUGAUUAGGUGAUCUGAAAAGCAUUAUCCCAGUCAUGUAGAUAGAAAAAUCAAUAUCAACCUUUGACCAAGUAUGUGGCUAUAGACGCAUACAUUUAGGUCGUAUUAAAAAUUGCUUUGGUGUAUUAUUCCUUGUGUAAAAAUCGUUAUGAAUUACAAAUAGUAAAUGUUAGCUCUUAAGUAUCGUUUGUUAUUUUGUAUGAUAGUUGUGGAGGUCCGAAACAUUUAGUUCCAUGAAUUAAAAAAAUAACCAUUUUUAAAUGUCUCUCGGCUGUGCCCAUCUUUGUAUAUUUAGUGUCUUUGCAGUUUGCUUUUUAAGGCAGAACAGACGGUGACAUCUCUGAAUUUUUUUUUUGAAACAUAGUUCUUUUUCCCAGUAUAUAAUAGGGAUAAUUUCACCAAAUAUCCGCGCAUCUACUGUAUAUAUAUAAAAAAUAUUUUUGUGAUAAAUAUUUCUUAUACUAAAGGUUUUAGCAACUGGACAACUGUUUUCAGGCAUAUUUGCUACGUU